UGAGAUAACUGAACCACCUCAGUUACAAUUCACCAUCCUUUGACCUCCUCCUCCUCACAGAUACCCAUCUGAGCCAUGGCACAAAUAUGACUGACAGGGCUCAAAUAAGGGUUGUCUGCACAUCAGAAGAGCACAUUAGCCCACUAAACCAAAGCCUAUAGCCAAUGCAACUCUUCAGAUAUCAGGCAAGGUUACUCAUCAUAUGAACAAUAAACCAGGAAGAAGUGGUUUGAUGACCAUGCACAUGUGAUGAGUAACUUUGCCUAGUGUUGAGUAACUUUGCCUGAGACCCAACAACUUGCAUUGGCUCUCCAGGCUAAACUGCCUAGGCUUUGGCUUAGUAGGCUAAGAUGUUAUUCUAAAAUCAAUGCACAGAGAGAGUGACAUGGCAAGGAUGUAUCACUGCAUGGUGGUGUUGCUCUCCUGGUUCUAGCCUCUAGGAACAAUAUACACUUUAAAAAUGUAAAUUAAAAGAGAAAACGCUCAAUUGGGUAGUUGGGAAAUGAAAACAGCACAUUCCCAUAUUACAUUUUCUGUUUAACCAUUUGCCAUUUUCUGUUUAUCAUUUUCAUUUCGAAUGUCAGAUGCCAUAUUUGGUUUUUAUUUGAAUAUCACAAUUUCAUUGUGGCAUGAAUCAUGCGCACUGAUAUGAAAACAUAAACGCAUGUAUCAUUUUCACAUUCCUAUUUAACGGUUAAGCCUUGCAUUUUCGAAUUGGCACUGGUCACCCUCCAUACAAUCAAGGAUUAAAACACAAAGGUACUGUAUUUGAUAAAAAACCUCACCGAAUCAUGUUGUAGCUAAAUUGAUAGCUAUCACUCUGCUUGAGACAGGUUGCGCCACUCUCGUGACAUGCUGUUGCCAAAUAAGCGGGCUAAUAUUGUUAUCUCGCGCCAUCGCCACCUAGCUUUUCAACGUGUUACCGCCGUUAAACAGGCUUACUUUGGACUUAAACGUUUAUCAACAGGUCGAGGACUAAGUUAAGUUACGUGAUAGACCACCAAGCCAAGGCUUUCACCAUGAUGUUCUAUACUCAGCUCUUCACAUCCAAGCGCGGGCCUCUGGCCAAAAUUUGGUUAGCAGCUCAUUGGGAGCGGAAAAUCACAAAAACUCAUGUGUUUGAAUGCAAUUUGGAGAGCACCAUCAAAGACAUAAUCGCCCCACAGAUAAAGAUCGGCUUACGAACUUCUGGCCACCUACUUCUGGGAAUAGUGAGGAUAUACUUCAGAAAAGCCAAAUAUCUCCUUGCUGACUGCAAUGACGCUUUUGUCAAAAUCAAAGUGGCCUUCAGACCAGGACAGACUGACAUGCCUGUUGAGGCACUGGAGGCCACACUUAAAGCAAUCACGUUAAUGGAGGAUUUCACUGACUUCGAUUCCCAGCUACCAGACGCAAAUGCCAUAGGUGUUGUGGAUCAUUUUUCACUGAAUCAGUGCCGAACAGAGGACAUCACCCUCAAAGAGGAUUUUGGAAAUAGCUUUCUCACAUUUGAGGACUUUGGUGAUGAGACCCAGUCUCACCAAGGGGGCAUGUUAGACGUGAGUUUCCUAAGCCUGGCCCAGCAAGGAGAUGCUUUUGGCGAUGAGGACACAGGCUUGGACAUCCUGGGGGACGUCUUGACAGGGUUAGGUCGUCCAGACAGCUCUACUACAUCUGUACCCAUGGAGGAGGAUCACCCUGUCCUGAAUGAGACAACUCUGUUGGGCAAUGAGGAGGAGGGCUUCGCUCUGGAGCCUGUCACUGUUACGCCAACCUUAGAGAGGAAGAAGGGGAAGAGGAGAAGGAGACUGGUGGUGGACCAGGCCAAGGAGUUGUCCAAUCAGGCCAUCAGGGAGCAACUCUCUGACUACUCAGAUCUCACUGCCCCACUGGACAUCGCCCCGCCUACCCGCCAACUCAUGCAAUGGAAAGAGAGUGGCGGGGUGGACAGGCUCUUCAGUCACCUCUGUGCCCCUGUCAUUCAUCCACACCUGCAACAGCUCUAUUCCAGGGAUGUGUUUCGUGGGAAAACAGAUGGAGUGGUCAAUGAAGACGACCAUGAAGAGAUGAGAGAGGAGAGACAUGAGGUGGAAACAGAUGCGAGCGCCUUGCUCAGUGUCCUGCAUGAGACCAUGGAUCCUGAGAGAAUUGGACACAAUGUGGAGAUCACUCCUCUGCACCACUAUGGGAAUGACAACCCACCUGAAUACCUCUGGGACGCAGUACAUGAUGAGAGCAGGUUGGAGGUGUCUCACCCUGAGCUCCCGUCUGAGGAUUCCAUUUAUGUUCAUCCUUCUGGAAUGGAAAGGGAAACUCCGUCGACUGUGACACGGAACACACAGUCUAUGGUGGACAGCCAGGAUGACUUUGAAGAGAAGAGGAUGACCAGCCGAGCACAGAAACUACUAAAUGCUCUCAAAAUUCAGAGCAGCAACGGCAUGUUCAGCCUGAAGACGCUGUGUGAGAGGAACAGUCGCUCCCAGGCCGCAGCCACCUUCUUCUGCAUUCUGGUGCUGAAGAAACAACAGGCCCUCGACCUGCACCAGAGCGAGCCUUACGCUGACAUUAUAGCCACUCCUGGACCCAGGUUCUAUGAGACGUAGAGGAGGACUUGUAGUGGAGGAAGGAGGAGGUUUCGAUAUGAAGACACCUUGUUCAUAGACUCACUGCUCUGUCAACAACUGCACAAACUUUGUAGUGGUCUUGACACCCUCGUCAAAUGUGGACCUUAGGAGGGUAGCGUCUCGGAGGAUGGACACUGAUUGAGAACUGAAUACACCAAUAAAUAUAAUUUUGAUAAAAGUGACCAAACUGGGUUGUGACAUAAAGCACUUACCAGCACUACUGAGAUACAUUGAGGUACCAUAACUAUCUCCCAGGGUCCAAACCCAAGUUAGUCACUCACUCCCUUUAUGAGAAAACAAGGCUUGCUACAAGACAUUAUUUGGACAGUUAUCAUCUGAUUUGGGUCACAGUAAAAGUUUAUGAAUGUUCUGUUAUUUUGUUCAGGUGCUUUAUUUAGCUUUACUUGUUUGAGUAAUAUGGUUUGUUAUUUAUUAUGCUGACAGACUAAGAUUUUUUUAGAUGGAUCAAUUUCAGUAAUACGGGUGGUUUUGGUAGUGUUUUUAACUAAGCUAUUUUUUUUACUUGUUACUGUGUUUUUAUUCUUAAAGGUAUGUAAAUAUACCCAGUGAAUCUUAUUUAAUGAUAAGAGCCUUAAUGUGUAAAGUCUCAAUUAAAAGAAGUACAAAUUCA